AUGAUCGAAGGCACUGACAUCAACGACAAGACGGCGGCGCAAGCAUGGCAAUCCAGGAAGUCUUCCUAUCCGAAUCUAGACGUGCUCAUCCAGCCAGACGAGUACAUGCUCGCUCGUCUACCACCGACUUCCUCAAUACCACAGCCGAUACUCGAGCUUCUGUCAGCACCCACCGGCUCUUCCAAAAAAUCGUUUUUCUGCACAGUCUCACGAACUCAAAACGAGCUCAGCAUCCUCGUCUCGACAGCAGCAGAGCGAAGCUGGUCGGUUCUCAAAGCGGAGCUUGCGCCUGGCGAUGGAAAAGGAGAGGAUGAUGGCUACGGAGUGGAUGGACCGUGGAGAGCAUUCCGAAUCAGGGGCCCGAUGCAGUUUCAUCUGGUAGGCGUACUUCUUGAGUUCAGCAAGUGCCUGGCGCAGCGCGACAUCUCUAUCUUUGCCGUUUCGACGUGGAACACGGACUACAUCUGCGUCAAACAGAAUGACUUUGAGAAUGCAUGUAAGGCCCUCACGGAGGACGGAUGGAACGUUGUCGGCCAAGAUGAGUAG